AUGUCUCGUGUUGGUGUUUUGGUACUAGGUCCAGCAGGUGCUGGUAAAAGUACUUUUUGUAACUCAAUAAUUUCACACAUGCAAACUAUAGGACGUCGUGCACAUAUCGUUAAUUUGGAUCCAGCAGCAGAACCUAAUAAGUAUGAAUUUACCAUUGAUAUAAGAGAUUUAAUAUCGUUGGACGAAGUGAUGGAAGAAUUAGAUCUGGGUCCUAACGGUGGGUUGGUUUAUUGUUUUGAAUAUCUUUUACAAAAUUUAGAUUGGUUAGAUGAAGAAAUUGGUGAUUAUAAUGAUGAAUAUUUGAUAUUUGAUUGUCCUGGGCAAAUUGAAUUAUAUACUCAUAUUCCAGUAUUACCGACAAUAGUUAAACAUUUACAACAACAGUUAAAUUUUAAUCUUUGCGCAGCAUAUCUACUAGAGUCAUCAUUUAUAGUAGAUACUUCUAAAUUUUUUAGUGGGUCCCUAUGUGCAAUGAGUGCAAUGAUUUUAUUGGAACUUCCACAUAUUAAUAUCUUAAGUAAAUUAGAUUUGGUAAAGGAUGAGUAUAAUAAGAAAAAAUUAAAAAGAUUUUUAAAUCCUGAUCCCAUGUUAUUGCUGGAUCAAGCAAAUAAAGAUACUAAUGUUAGGUUUCAUGAUUUAAAUAAAGCUAUUGCAAAUUUAGUUGAUGAUUUUGGAAUGGUUCAAUUUUUGCCAUUGGAAGCCAAUGAUCCAGAAAGUGUUUCCACUAUAAUAAGUUACAUAGAUGAUGUAACACAAUGGGCUGAAGGACAAGAACCUAAAGAGCCAAAAGAUGAGAUAGAAUUUGAUGAAUUAUGA